GGAGGAGAAGUACGGGGCAGGUCGACGUCUGCCCCCACCCGCGUAGGAGAGCUGGCCAGCGCAGCGCUCAGCUCGAGCCUCCGGCUGAGGAAAUUAUCAGCCGCGUAACAGGUGAUCGGGAUGCCUCCUUCGCCUGCCUGAGCCGGAGCCGGAGCCAGGGCCAGGGGCGGCAGGUAGAAGAGACGUAAAAUGAGCACCGGCACAGCUUCUCAAUCACAGGUUGCGCCCAGCCACUUGGAGACACCUUCUGGUGCUACAAUCCUCUGCAAUAAUUGUGGUAAUCCAUGCAAAGGAGAGGUGCUAAGAGUGCAAAAGAAGUAUUUCCAUAUUAAGUGCUUUGUUUGUAAAGCAUGUGGAUGUGACUUGGCUCAAGGAGGAUUUUUUGUGAGACAAGGAGAUUAUAUCUGUACUUUGGACUAUCAGCGACUCUAUGGCACACGGUGUUUCAGCUGUGAUCAGUUUAUUGAGGGAGAAGUGGUUACAGCGCUGGGGAAGACCUAUCACCCACAUUGUUUUGUGUGUGUGGUUUGCAGACAGCCUUUUCCUCCUGGAGACCGUGUAACAUUCAAUGGCAAAGACUGUGUCUGUCAGAAAUGCUCUCUGCCAUCUACGGGCAGUAAUGGCAAUUUUCCAGUUCUCCGGACUUGUGGGGACUGUGGCUCCGAGAUAAAAAAUGGGCAGUCUUUGGUAGCUUUGGACAAACACUGGCAUGUAACCUGUUUUAAGUGCAAGAUAUGUGGCAAACUUCUGGAUGCUGAAUAUAUCAGCAAAGAUGGUGUUCCAUACUGUGAAAUGGACUAUCAUGCUAAAUUUGGCAUAAGAUGUGACAAUUGUGAAAACUAUAUCACAGGAAGAGUUUUGGAGGCAGGAGAUAAACACUACCACCCAACUUGUGCACGAUGUGUGAAGUGCAACCAGAUGUUUGCAGAAGGAGAAGAAAUGUAUCUUCAAGGAACUUCCAUUUGGCAUCCAACCUGUAGACAGGCAACCAAAGCUGAGGAAAAGGCCAAGUUGCAGGAAACUAGGACAUCAUCUGAGAGCAUAAUUUCAGUACCUGUUUCAAGUGCUUCAGGGUCUCCAAGUCGAGUGAUUUAUGCAAAACUUGGAGAUGAAAUCCUUGAUUACAGAGAUUUAGCUGCACUUCCAAAGAGUAAGGCCAUCUAUAACAUAGACCGCCCAGAUAUGAUCUCCUAUUCUCCAUAUAUCAGCUAUUUGACAGAUGACAGGCACAGUUAUGGGGAGGGUGAUCAAGAUGACCGGUCUUUCAAGCAGUACAGGAUAUCAAGCCCUAGUUCUGCUGGCUCACUUGGCUAUGGUCGUAACACCCCAACUAGCCAUUCACCUCAGAACUGCAGCAGACCAGCUGGUACUCAGAGUCUUGGUACCAGUAGCUGCAUCUCCCUGCCCCAACACAAAAGCCUUACAUCUACAUUCAGACAUGAUUACAUCCCAUUCUUCAAAGGCAGUGAAAGUGGUCGGAGCACUCCAAGUUUAUCCAUGUACUCAGACAGCAAAUCUUCAUCAUCUCUAUAUCAGCAAGCACCUAGACAUUUUCAUAUUCCAGACACUGGAGUAAAAGAUAACAUCUAUAGGAAACCCCCUAUCUACAGACAGCAUGCUUCAAGGAAAUCAGAUGGUGACAGUGGGAGCUCUGAUCAAGACAGCAGGAAGCUAAAGUCCAGCUGGCUGCCUUUGAAAGGGGAUAUGGAUGCCAGAAUAAAUUCUCCAGUUCUGGAUACUCAAUCACUCCCACAAAGUCCUGGAACAGAUAGAGAACUUCAGCGAUUGCACAAUAAUGCAAACAAUUUCUAUCUGCGAUUUCCAUAUUCCAAAUCUGCUUCUCUUCCUGACUAUGGAAAGAAUGGAUUACACCAUGUAGAGCCUGCAAAUAUGACCCAAUAUGACACGGACCAGAAUGCUGCUUGGGGAAAGAGAGAAUACAAGGUCUAUCCAUAUGAAACACUUGUAGUAACAAACAGAGUUCGGGUGAAACUACCAAAGGAUGUUGAUAGAACCAGGUUGGAGCGGCACCUGUCCCCUGAAGAGUUCCAGGAAGUGUUCAAAAUGAGCAUCGAACAAUUUGAACGGCUUGCACUUUGGAAACGGAAUGAGCUAAAGAAAAAGGCCUUACUUUUCUAGCCUCUCAUUGACCAGCAGAAAUGUGUUUAAUGAAAACAAACUACACACUUGCCACAAGUUGUCAUGUGCACUUGCUAUAGACCCUUUGUCCAGCUUCAUGUGUUAGGCGCAGGGAAGCAGAAGCAAAAAGGAAAAACACGUAGUAUUUGCAUGACCCAGAUGAAUAUCUCAGUAACUGCUGGGUCUUUAAAGAAAAUAACAAAUCCUGCUUUAAAUUAAUGAUUGCUUUAACUGUGUUUGUUGCAAAAAUAAUUUUAAAUAGGAAGGAAAUAUGUGUAAUUUUACUGAAACAAACAAAUUAUAGCCAGCUACCAUUUUAUUUCUACACUUUGCACUAGUGAGAAAAACAUGUACAAAAUCAAAAAAGAGAUGGGGAAAAACCUUCCCUAGGAGAAAAAGAAAUGUGCUUACUUUGAAGCAAAAGUAAUGAAGGCCAAAGAAAAGCAUGUGAGUAUAUCACCCUUGCCAAUGUUUGUGUGUGACAUCUUAGGAAUAAAUGCAAACUUAUAAUAAAGCACUUUAAGUCUCAUUCUCUCACUCAGAUAUAAGCUACUGUUUCAAAAGUAAUGUAGCAAAUGGAAAAAAUAACUAUUGAAGCUUUUAUUUUAGCAAAAAUAGACUGUAAUGUAAAAGUGUCCAGAUUACCAUACAGGCAGUUAAAUUUACAACCCAUGUUAUAUGAAGGACAUGGUUUAAAAUGUGUGAGUUAUGUAGAGGGACAAAGUUCCACUAAAACAGAGUACUUCGGAUACACUCAGCUGGGGAUCAUGUUGAAAUUUAAUUUUCACUUCAGAAAGAUAAGUAAUUUUUGUGUAGAAAUGUCAUAAAGCUGUGCAAUUCUGACUCUGUAUUUCUAUUUUUUCUACAUUUCACUCUGGUACAAAGAAUGUGUAACUGAUCUUGAUUCUAUGCAUACACUGGUGUCCACAUUAAAAAUAUUGUUUUGUAACUAAAGGU